AUGUUGCAAGUGAAUACUGACUUUUCUUGGUCAAUAAGGAGCCCUGACUCGCAAACGGAAGAACUGGACGCCAGGUAUCUCCACACAGUACCAGUUCAUGGCCGCGAGUAUCAAAAAUACUCGAUCGAGAAGAAGAUCUGUUUCCAGCCGGUUGACGAUGACGAAGCGGAGAGGCUUGAACUCCAACAUGAGUUCUUUAAUGGAGUCUUCGAUAGCCGGCUGAUAUUUCCGCCUAUUCCUAAUCCUCGACAGAUUCUUGAUUGCGGUCAUGGCGCUGGAUCUUGGGCUGUCGAGGUGGCAGAAGGAUAUCCACGUUGCGAGGUGAUCGGUGUUGAUAUAUCUCCCCAUAUGAAUCCAGAAUAUGUACCGGGGAAUUUGUGGCUUCAAGUCGACGAUCUAAAUCGCACCUUCACCUUUCCCCCUAAUCACUUCGACCUAGUUCACUCGAGGAUGCUUGCAACAGGCAUCGAUGGAUCCCGAUGGCCAUCGUACAUUGAAGACAUCAGAAGGGUGCUGAGGCCAGGCGGCUGGGUACAAUUGGUCGAAAUGUACUUCAACGCCCAAUCGGACAAUGGGUCACUCACCGAGAAUCAUGCGCUGAGACAGUGGAGCACAAAAUUCAUGCGUUCUAUGCAGGAUGUCAAGGAUCUCCGCGUGGGUACACAUUUGAGAAACCUUCUGAUGGCGGCCGGGAUGGAGGAAGUCGAUACAAAGAUGAUUCCCCUCCCCCUCUGUGAAUGGCCCAACGAACAGAGGAUGCGAGAGAUAGGCGCGGCUAACCGCGAGAGCGUCAGACAACUGCUUCCUGCCUUGUCACUCUACCCCCUGACCCAACGCCUGCGCAUGCCGCAUGAGGAGUUUCAACAGCUGAUAGCCCGUGCAGAAGAAGAGGCAGGCAACCCGAGCUUGAAAGCAUAUUUCCCUUUGUACGUUUGCAUUGGUCGGAAGCCGUUGUAG